AAAGACAAUAAAAACAAGCAUUUGGGGACAGUUAGAAAAGAAUCGAAAAUGAAUAGAGGUUAUUGGGUAAGUAUCCAGUCACUAUGUCAGCCAAAGGCUAACUACACCUUGUACGCAUAGGUUAGGUCGGGGACGUUUUAUGGUGACUGAGCAGGUUAUCUCUCAUAUUCAACUGUAAUCAUUUCGUUGGGACGAGUUAUCGAAGUGACUAAGUAACGGAGAGGUAUGGUCCAUAUCAUCAGCAUAUCUGGAGUAGUAUGUACAUUAGUUUCGUUUUUUAGGUUAGCCAUGAAGAUAUCGGCCAAGAUGGGUCCUAGUGGUGAUCCUGUGGCCGCUCCGUCAGUUUGUUUGUAUAACUGGUUGUUGGAUUGGAAACGAAUCCCGUUUCGCGCAAAGGAGUAACUCGCUUUGAGGUUAAAGAAAUCCAGUACAAAUGAACCAAUAUAUUCCGAUUAUUUUCAAAAAAUGUGAACAAUUAAUCCGUUUCCGAAUGUUAUCAUCGUCAUCGAUUGUAUAUUCAUCAUCGUCAGUUCCUCCACAUAUUCCAAUUAUGAAAUCAGAAAUUGUAAAAUACACCCAACCGAAACCAGGUCAAGUUUAUUUAGAUAUGACUUUUGGUACAGGAGGUCAUGCAAAUGAAAUAUUGAAAUAUGCUGCCGAUAAUUUAACUUGUUACUUUCUAGACCGUGAUCCAACAAGUUUCUCAUUUAUGGAAUCACUUCGUACAAAUUAUAGCUCAUCCAAUCAUAAAAUAUAUCCACUUAUUGGACGAUUUAGUGAUCUUCCUCAAUUAUUAAGUGGCUAUGAUCUGAAAUAUCAAUCAGUUGAUUUAAUUCUUAUGGAUUUGGGUGUAAGUUCACCACAAUUAGACAAUGAAUCUCGUGGAUUUGGUUUUAAACAUAAUGCUCCGUUAGAUAUGCGUAUGAAUCAAAGUCGAAAUGUACAAAAAGAUACACCAACUGCAGCUGAUGUUAUUAAUACAUUGAAUGCUGACGAACUGUCGAAUAUAUUCAGCAUUUAUGGUGAAGAACGUUUUUCCAGGCGUAUCGCAAACGCUAUUGUUGAUUAUAGAAAUGAUGCUGGUUCAAUUCAAACAACAAAACAGUUAGCUGAUUUAGUUCAUUCUGUUGUACCAGUGAAUAGAGAAGAUAGAGGCUCAAUUCAUCCAGCUACACGUAUAUUCCAAGCAUUACGUAUUUUUAUUAAUGACGAACUAAACGAAUUAUGCAUCGGUCUAGAAUUAGCUGAAUUUUUAUUAAAACCCGGUGGUUAUUUAGUUGUUCUAUCAUUUCAUUCAUUAGAAGAUCGUUUAAUCAAAUGGGCAUUCCAUUAUGAUUGUAAACAUCUAUCUUUAUCAAAAUAUUUAUCACAACGAAGUCUGAAUUUUCAAUGUACUAAUAAAAGAAAAGAAUAUGAAAAUGAUGAAAUAUCAGAUGGAUCUCUGGGACAGAUGAAAUCGAAAUGGAAUUGUGUUAUUGGACCUAUAACUCCUACCGAUUCGGAGAUAGAUUCUAAUCCAAGAAGUCGUUCAGCCAAAUUACGUAUAGCGAAAAGAGCAUAAUUAAAAAAAGUGAUUAAGGAAGCAAUGACAAUAAACGAUUAGGUUACUGAUCAAGGUGUAUGAUGUAUAGAGUAUUACAUGUGUGGAUAAUACAAUUCAGUUGAAUUUUGUUAAACAGUCUCAAUUCUGAAGCUAUAUUUUGUACAUAUUCAGUUUUUUUUUUAGAGAAAUGUAAUUGUACAUAUUUGUAAUUAUUGCACCAAUUAAAUUGAUAUAAUCGAUCUUACUUUCCAUAAAUAUUGGUGGAGUGGGGCUUUUUUUCGUCACUUUGUAUUUGUACAAUUUCCUGUUAUUAAUAUUCAGCACUAAAAUUUAUAUCAGUUUCCGUCCCAAUAUAUAUACAACUUGAAUUGACUUGCUUGAUUAAGCCUGUUACCCCUCGUCGAGGAGCGUAGGCCAUUCACCAACACUCUCCAUCCAACUCUGUCAUGGACAAUCCUUUUUGGUUGCUAUUCAUCCUUUUGAUGUCUGUUUCCAAUUGCCGACGUAGCGUGUUCUUCGGGAUUCCAGGUAAACGCUUGCUUCGUGAUACAGUUUGGUGAUUUCCGUAAUGUAUAUCCCACCCACCUCCAUCAUCUUUUCCUAAUUUCCUCUUCAGAUGGAAGUCGGUUUGUUCUCUCCCACAGCUGUCUGUUGCUCGUGGUAUUCGUUUAACGGACAUUAAUUGUAACUACUCGUAUCUUUUUGAUUAUGGUUGUGAUAGUUAUCCCAGUUUCAGCUCCAUACAGUAGAACUGUCUUGACAUCCGUAUUGCAGAUUCCGAUUUUGAUAUUUCUUGACAGUCCUCUCGAAAUGCUCUCACAUGACCACACGUAUACAGCUACUACCAGGGAAGUCCUACUCACUGCCUUCUCGGGAAGGGGAUGCUGUUUACGGAAUAGAGAGAACGGAAAACAAAUGUUCGGCGCUUUAACAGGGUUGGUGGUUAUGGAGGAUCCAUCUAGGAGAGCUGGAAAACCCUGAUUUCAAACAAAUGGUGGACAUGGGCUCCAGGAUCCUAAGGAGACUAAUGGCUUAUGAACGUAUCGUUGGUCACCAACUACCAUGGGACUAUAUCUCCUAAUGCUGCUCCACUGCCCUGUGGAUCAGACUUUUAGGUCAAAAGCUCC